GUCAGGAAUAAACUCAGUCCAGACAAAGUGUCCCGUUCAGGACGUCCGGCUGUUCUGCUGACCGCCGGAGGAGAACGACUCACACAGCCUGGAACCCUCCGACUACAGACAUCGGCACUGCAGGUGUGGCAAAAAUGCAGGUGUGUUUGGUGGUCAUUUUGCCCCUCCUGUGGCCCCUGAUUAAUGCUCAGGUGCCCCACUGGGGUCCCUGUCCUGAACCCGUCACCCAACCGGCCUUCAACUUCAAACUGUUUAUGGGUCGGUGGUUUGAGAUCGCUAAACUGCCGGCCCAGUUUGAGAAAGGACGCUGCAUUGAGACCAACUUCACUUUACAGUUUGAUGGAACCGCUCGCGUCCUGAGCUCUGAGAUCCUUAAAGGGGAGCUGAGGACGAUGGAGGGGACGGCAGUGGUGGAGGACAAAAAGAACCCGGCUAAACUCGGCAUCAGCUUUUCAUACGUUCUGCCGUACACGCCGUACUGGAUCAUCUCCACCGACUACAUCAACUCCGCGCUGGUCUACUCCUGCACUGACGUCCUGAGGCUCUUCCAUGUGGAUUUCGCCUGGAUCCUGGGCCGCAGCCGCUCCCUGCCGGAGUCCACCAUCAACCACGGCAAAGAGGUUUUCACCAAAAACAACAUCGACGUGAGUCGGAUGGUGGCCAGCAGGCAGCAGGGCUGCGACAAACUCCCCUGAGACUCGAGAUGCACCGUAAAGCCCCUCAGGAAGUUCAUCUGACAUCUUCCUUCAGAACUCCACUCAGGAGCUGAUGGGGCCCCCACUCGGACCCCAGCGACGCUGAGAACUACAGCAUGUCCCACUCUCCAUUCUGCACAAGCAAAAAGAUCAGUCCAAACAUUUCACAGAGAAAUAUUUAUACAUAAUCUAGAUUUGAUGAACAGUUUGAGAUCUGAGACUAAUGCAGCUAACAAUGGACCCCUAUAGCCCACCAGCUAGCACUCUGCGGACUAUACGCCUUAUAUCUCCCACAGGGUCACACACAUUUACUCUAGACGGCGAAACACAUCUUGCUUCUGAUUGUGCAAAAGUUUGAACACCCCGGGGGUGUCUCUCCAAGCAGGAUAUCUCAGUUAGCCAGAUAAGGUCAGAGACGAAGAGUGUCCAACAUGAAUGUCUCUCAGCUCUUUUCUGAUUGGACAGGCUUGACUUUGGACUUAAGUUAUCAGGUUAAGUGAGAAAUCCUGCUUUGUGACACGCCCCCUGUUCUGUUCUCUGCAGAGACACCUGCUUAUUUUAAUACAGAAUUACUGGUUAUUUCCUGAGUUUAACAGGAAACUGGGGAAAAAACACAUGUGGCCUGUGCAAAAGUUUGUACUUUAUUUUUUACCUAAAUAUGCAAAUGAGCAGAAAUCGUUGCUCUACAAUCUGCAGAAAAAUGUCAUUUCAGCGAGUCUCUGCAGGGGUGUGCUAACUUAUUCACACACAGAAAACGAACAGCCUGAAAUAAGACGGGGGCGCCAAGACUUUUUCACAGACAUUGGCUGUGUGUAUUAUGAGGUUGGCAGUGCGCCAAACGACCCUUUCUAGCACCUUUAUUAAUAAGAGUGUGUAAAUACAGCGCUGUGAAAAAGUCUUAGUCCCUCUGAGAAAAUGAUUGAUGCUGUUUGUUUGGGCAGUAAACAGUUAUUUGCUGAUAAAAACACUAACAUCACAAUAAACAUAAACAAACAACCCGCUA